AGCUUUGAAGACCACGCCCAGUACCUCUGCACUUCCUACUGCAACUGCUGAAAUUUCAGAUCAAGCCCAAAAUCAGUCUCAACAAGGCUCCAUUGCAACAAAAUCAUCUCCAGUUGAACCAUUGGGUUCUACCAUGAAAUCUCAAAUAACCUUGGAAAAACUGAAGACCAUGCCUGGUGCCUCUGUGCCUCCAACUGCUACUACAGCUGAAACUUCAGAUCAAGCCCAAAAUCAGUGUUAACAAGGCUCCAUUGCAAAAAAAUCAUCUCCUGUUGAACCACUGUGUUCUACCAUGAAAUCUCAAAUAACCUUGAAUAAACCAUCAGCAAAAUCCUUUCCAACUCCAGUUUCAAUUCUAGAUGUUACUACAGGCGCUGCUGGGGCCCAUAUUGGUAACCCUGAGACUGCUGCAUCAUUGUUUAAACCUGCCAAAGCCAACAAUGCUAUCUAUGUCAUGUCCUCUGGUGGUUCUUCAAUCAAGCCCCAUGUGCCUGGUGGUGCCUUCUCCCAACAAGAGGUUCAUCCGAAGGCAGCUUCUGUUCGUGCUGGCCAGUCAGUUGAACCACUUUCUACAUCUUCCUAUGUCAUGUCUGCCCCACACAGUUCAGUAAAAUCUCUCUCACCUCUGGUUAAGAACACUCCACCUGCUUCUGCCUCAUCAUUAAAUAUAUCAUCUCAGCAGUGUAAUGCCAUUGCCUCUGGUCCAGCUGCUGAAUGCCAGCCAAAGCAAGAGCUUGAGGCUACCAAAGUGAUCAAAGGACCUAACCUCAUCUCAGGCAGUGGCAGUUUAUCAAAAGAGCGAGUGCAACAAAAUGGAAAGUGCACGUCAACUGAUGACCUUGGUGAGGGAGUAAAGGGACAGAAAGCAAACCUGGAACCUAAGGUCAAAAAUAUGAAUAUUGCACAGCAUCCUAAUGAGAAUUUGAUGGCUGAUGAUAACCCAGUGGAUGUCACUGCUUGUGCUACAGAAAAGAAUCAAAAUGCCUAUCAAUUGGAUAUUGCUGAGCAUCCUAAUAAGAAGUAGGUGGAUGGUAAUAAAAAUGUGGAUCUCAAUGGCUGCACAGCUGAAAAGAAUCAAAACACCUGUGAUGGUGAGAUGAGAUGUUCAGCAAUCAGAGAAGGCAGCACAAAAUCUACAGCUGAGUAGCAGCAGUAAUCGAGAGGCUUUAAGCAAUUCAGAGGCCAGUACUACAUCUUAGUGGAAGAGCGUGACAUCUUGUCAAAAGUAGGAGAAAUUUGUCUGGGUUAUAAUGAUUCCGUUUUAGGUGAUUAUUUUUUGUUGUAAAAUUCUCUUUCGAAGUGUGGAAAGAAAAAAAAUAACUAGAUUUUGUUUUUCUUUAUUUGCUUUAGGAGAUGUUAUCAUGGGCAAGAAUUAUAACCUUUUAUACACUGGUAUACUCUUGAAAUAGAAACAAAUUCUCUUC